UUACAGAAUUAUUAUUAUUUGGAAUUCCUUGUAAGGGAGAUUUGUCCCUCCCCCGCCCCCCAUUAAUUUAUUAACCACUUAUUUCUGUCAUGGACUCAUGGAUACUUAUUUUGUUAAUUCGGUUACUCUAAUCCCAUUGUGAUUUAGUUUGCUACUCAAGUUCCAGCUUUGGCUGAGCAGGACCGGAACCCAGCCUGAGUAACCCAGCCUGAAUCCUUGCGGACCUAACACUCCAAGGGGGGGUGGCCUGAGACGGAGUCUUGACUGGUUUGACUCCGGGCUCCUCGCUCACCGUCUUCCCUUCCUUUCAUAGGACACAGGGUCUUUAUUUCCCCUCAGGCAGGAGAUCUGCUUCUCGGGCAAUUAAUUUUUGUCUUACCAAGAGUAACAUCGACAUGUCGCUCUAAAUUCUCUUUGUAUCUGUCUCCUUCUUACCUACAAAUCUUAAUUACUGUUAACUUAUAUUUGAGUUUAUUAAAGCAGUGGAUUUUUAACUUAGAAAAAUAAAUGAAAUUGGGCCGCCUGGCCCGCUCUUGAUCUUGGGGUCGUGAGUUCAAGCCUCAACGUUGGCUGAGAGUUUAACUUGGAAAAAAAUAAAAUGAAUGAAAUUGUUAAAUGAGACAGCCGCCCUCAAAGCAUUUUAAACAUAAAAGCACUAUUGAAGACUGGCAGUUUUUCAAAAUGGGCAAUUUUAUGGCAUUCUUACUCAAGUAAAAAGACAUUCUAGUUAGGGAAGGACAUCAAGAAUAUUGCCGUCGUCAUAUUUAAAUUUUGUUAGGUUUGGAUUUGACAUUAUUGAGUCUGGUAGUCCGUAAAGAGUCGAGUUAGUGCUAUUAAUUUAGUUAGGGAGGAUAAGUAGUACAUGUAGUUUAUUAUUUAGUUUUCUUAAGACAAGUAGGAACAGAACCGGGCAAGACUAACUACAUGGCUAGUGUCUUGAUUCAGCAAAUCACUUAGGAAUGAAGAACCUUUAAAGAGAGGCAUCGGGGGAACGGAAAAUGCCUAGGGAACUUCUUUUUUUUAAUUCCUUGUCCUUGACUGAGUAAGGAGGGAGGGGCGGGGAUACUAUCUUCAGUAAAGGGCCCUCGCAGGUUGGACCCGGGGGACAGGAACGCUGGUUCUUUGGGCUGUGUGUCCUGUCCCCAGAGAGGUGGAGACGUGUGUCCUGGCAUGUCGCAGGGGCUGUACAGACCUGAGGAUGGAGGAGGCUCCUUACCACGUGGGCAGCAGAGCCCCACUGUUGUAACUGAGCCCUCUGGUGAUGCCCUCACCGUGACCGCGAGGAGAUGCUCACCAGAACACAUCUGUUAAUUCGGGCGGGGUUGUGCGCGUACCCUCCACACGAAGAAUGUGUCUCAGGCCCCUCUGUCUCACGUGGCAGGAAAACCCGAGCCGAACUGGUUUACGACCCCCCAAAAAAGGAGGGCAUUUCUUGGCUCGUGUAACUGAGGUUCUGGAGUUGGUUCGGCAAAGCUCGCCUGGCUCAGGGCUCAGUGAGGUGAUGAGAGCCCAGGUCGCGGCUUUGCGUGUCUCUUCCUUUGCCGUUACUGACUCCAUUUUUUGCAGGCUCUUUUCAAGCGUGCGGGUUUGCUUCCAGGGUUGUUUGGUAGUGUCCAUCCAGGUUCGAGUCUCAGUGGAGGAGUGAGCAUUCUUGUCCCUGCUUGGGAGGGAGCCUCCUGAGAUUUUCCCUGUGACCAGACCAGUCUGGUCACGUGUCCAGACUGUGUGCCGGGAGCGGUGGGCUGCUGGGAAGGUCCGGAGCAAGUGAGCUGAUGCCGGGUGGCAGAACAGCGCCACGUCUGCUCUAGGGGGACAGCUGGAUGCCGGGGCUUGUGUUCCGAAUAUCGCGGUUUGGUUGAUUCAUACAGUAGCCUCGAGACUAUGUAAUUUUCCUUGAUUUUAUUUAACCUAUAUGUAGGUAGGCUAUUCUGUAAGGUUUUGCUGCAUUGUAUUACGGUUUCGACGGUCUCCUGCCAUGAUCGGGUCUGUCUUUUGAAUUAAAGAAUACUUGUUUUGGUUUUACUGCAUACGGGUGGAAUCCUGUUUUAGUGACGACAGCUGUACUCUCUGUUUUGAAUGAGAGAAGCUAUUCAUAUUCUGGAUAAAAGUCAUAUAGUACCAUUUCACCUAUGGAACUAAACAGAUCUGUGAGAAAUUCAUAAAUUGUAUGUAUUCGCAAAUCCUCAUCCAUUUAGUGCCAUGUCAUUUUAUUUUUUAAAGUUUCAAGUUUAUUUAUUUUGAGAGAGAAAGAGGGCCCUCAAGCAGGGGAAGGGCAGAGAGAGGGAGAGAGAGAGAAUGUCAAGCAGGCUCCGUACUGUGAGUGCAUUGCCUGACUCGGGGCUCAAAACCACGAACCGAGAGGUCGUGACCUGAGCCCAAGUCGAGUUGGACGCUCAACGGUCUUAGCCCCCCAGGCACCCUGCCGUGUCAUUUUCAUACAGGUUUCUUUCUGCUGAUGUAUGAAUAUUUGGGACUGUAGCUUAAUAUUUGCUGGGCUCUGGUGUGGUGGAAAACAGUUGGAAAACCUGAUCCGAGGCUGCCACUCGCUGGGAAGGGUGAGGGCCGCCUGACAUCUGGAGGCUCACUACUCCGUGUUUCUGCGUGUGUUUGGUGCUGGCGGCCAGCUGUGAGGUACUGAUGUUAUCCUUAGUUUGGUAAAGAUCUUUAAGGCCACGUCAACUUCCUUAGUAAAAAGAAUUCCAGAAGCUCCGGGUCGUAUGCUCCGGACCUGUUGAUGGGUGGGACAUCUGGACCAUAGGGUCCUAAUUGUCUCUGAGACUCAUCUCCUUGGGGGUUUCUCCGGAGUGGGGCACAGUUCCCGUGCCCCUGCGUGGAAAGUCCUGCCCUUUUCCUACCUGGGCACAGCUGGACUCUGAGCAGUUCACGGUCAGCAUGCGUUAAUAGACCUGUUGUUGGCAUUUGUUUUAAAAUGUACUUGCCAGGCACACAGCCAGGCUCUGCGAUUUUACAAAUGAAUAAAAAUGGUUCUUGCUACUGAAGAACUUACAGUGGGGACGUGUUGGAUUGAAAAACAUGAAAAUAGGAUUUUAAUAUGUUGUAAAUGCCGUGAUAGUGGGAGAGGGUUUAUUUUAUAUAAAACGUUCUUAUAAAUGGUGCCUUAAAUUUUAUUACUUUUUAGUGGACCAGCCUGUUUAUCCCUGUGCUUUCAAACAGUCCAAACAUUUUUAGAUUUAUUUCUUAGAUUGUUAUUCAGAGGUCGUGAUCCUUGUAUUUGGAUAAUCUCCUGUAAAUGAAUUACCAUAAUUUUACCUAUUUCUUCUCUAUUGGGCGUAUGUACCAGACCAUCCUAUAGCUUAAAGCCUUCACUGAUGUGCUUCUUUAUUUGGAAGAGCUGUGUGAAAUUUAUGAACGUGGAGAUUUAUCCAUACAUGCUGUCUUACACAGAGAAUAAUCAUGGGCCAGACUGGGAAGAAAUCUGAGAAGGGACCGGUUUGUUGGCGCAAGCGUGUAAAAUCAGAGUACAUGCGGCUGCGGCAGCUCAAGAGGUUCAGGCGGGCUGACGAAGUUAAGAGUAUGUUUAGUUCCAAUCGUCAGAAAAUUUUGGAAAGAACGGAAAUCUUAAACCAAGAAUGGAAACAGCGAAGGAUACAGCCUGUCCACAUCCUGACUUCUGUGAGCUCAUUGCGCGGGACCAGGGAGCUCCCAGUGGUCCAGCCACACAGUCGCCUAUUGUACCAGCUGGUUGAUUGUUCAGUGACCAGUGACUUGGAUUUUCCAACGCAAAUCAUCCCAUUAAAGACUCUGAAUGCAGUCGCUUCAGUACCCAUAAUGUAUUCUUGGUCUCCCCUACAGCAGAAUUUUAUGGUGGAAGAUGAAACGGUUUUACAUAACAUUCCUUAUAUGGGGGAUGAAGUUUUAGACCAGGAUGGGACUUUCAUUGAAGAGCUAAUAAAAAACUAUGAUGGAAAAGUACACGGGGAUAGAGAAUGCGGGUUUAUAAAUGAUGAAAUUUUUGUGGAGUUGGUGAAUGCUCUUGGUCAGUACAAUGAUGAUGAUGAUGAUGAUGAUGGCGAUGACCCUGAUGAAAGAGAAGAAAAACAGAAAGAUCUGGAGGAGAACAGAGAUGACAAAGAAAGCCGCCCGCCUCGGAAAUUUCCUUCCGAUAAAAUUUUUGAAGCCAUUUCUUCAAUGUUUCCGGAUAAGGGCACAGCAGAAGAACUAAAGGAAAAGUAUAAAGAACUGACCGAGCAGCAGCUCCCGGGCGCACUUCCUCCUGAGUGCACCCCGAACAUCGAUGGGCCGAACGCCAAGUCCGUGCAGAGGGAGCAGAGCCUGCACUCUUUCCACACGCUCUUCUGCAGGCGGUGCUUCAAGUACGACUGCUUCCUGCACCCUUUUCACGCAACACCCAACACUUAUAAGCGGAAGAACACAGAAACGGCUCUAGACAACAAGCCGUGUGGACCACAGUGUUACCAGCACUUGGAGGGAGCAAAGGAGUUUGCCGCUGCCCUCACCGCUGAGCGGAUAAAGACACCGCCGAAGCGGCCCGGAGGCCGCAGGAGAGGACGGCUCCCCAACAACAGCAGGCCCAGCACCCCCACCAUUAACGUGCUGGAAUCGAAAGACACAGACAGCGACCGGGAAGCGGGGACGGAGACGGGCGGGGAGAACAACGACAAAGAGGAGGAGGAGAAAAAAGACGAGACUUCCAGUUCCUCGGAAGCGAAUUCUCGAUGUCAAACGCCAAUAAAGAUGAAGCCAAAUAUCGAGCCUCCCGAAAACGUGGAGUGGAGUGGUGCCGAGGCCUCGAUGUUCAGGGUCCUCAUUGGCACAUAUUAUGACAAUUUCUGUGCCAUUGCCAGGCUCAUCGGGACCAAAACUUGUAGGCAGGUGUAUGAGUUCCGUGUCAAAGAAUCCAGCAUCAUAGCUCCGGUGCCGGCCGAGGAUGUGGACACCCCUCCAAGGAAGAAGAAGAGGAAACACCGGUUGUGGGCUGCACACUGCAGAAAGAUACAGCUGAAAAAGGAUGGCUCCUCUAACCACGUUUACAACUACCAGCCCUGUGACCAUCCGCGUCAGCCUUGUGACAGUUCGUGCCCUUGUGUGAUAGCACAAAAUUUUUGUGAGAAGUUCUGUCAGUGUAGUUCAGAGUGUCAGAACCGCUUUCCCGGCUGCCGCUGCAAAGCCCAGUGCAACACCAAGCAGUGCCCGUGCUACCUGGCCGUGCGCGAGUGCGACCCCGACCUCUGCCUCACCUGUGGUGCGGCCGACCACUGGGACAGCAAAAACGUGUCCUGCAAGAACUGUAGCAUCCAGCGGGGCUCCAAGAAGCACCUGCUGCUGGCGCCGUCCGACGUGGCGGGCUGGGGGAUUUUCAUCAAAGAUCCCGUACAGAAAAAUGAAUUCAUCUCGGAGUACUGUGGAGAGAUUAUUUCUCAAGAUGAAGCAGACAGAAGAGGGAAAGUAUACGACAAAUACAUGUGCAGCUUUCUGUUCAACUUGAACAACGAUUUCGUGGUGGAUGCAACCCGCAAGGGUAACAAGAUUCGUUUUGCAAAUCAUUCAGUAAAUCCAAACUGCUAUGCAAAAGUUAUGAUGGUUAACGGCGAUCACAGGAUAGGGAUUUUUGCUAAGAGAGCCAUCCAGACUGGUGAAGAGCUGUUUUUUGAUUACAGAUACAGCCAGGCCGACGCCCUCAAGUACGUGGGCAUCGAGAGAGAAAUGGAAAUCCCUUGACAUCGGCUACCUCCUCCCCUCCCUCCUCCUUUCUGGAACAGCUGCCUUAGCUUCAGGAACCUCGAGUACUGUGGGCAAUUUAGAAGAAUAAAAUGCAGUUUGAAAUUCUGAAUUUGCAAAGUACUGUAAGAAUAAUUUAUAGUAAUGAGUUUAAAAAUCAACUUUUUAUUGCCUUCUCACCAGCUGCAAAGUGUUUUGUACCAGUGAAUUUUUGCAAUAAUGCAGUAUGGUACAUUUUUCAACUUUGAAUAAAAGAAUACUUGAACUUC